GUAUCUGCUGCACCAGAACAGACCCAUGGUCUGGAUACUGCAGCCACCUAUCGGGCCUGUGUUAGACAAUGCAUCCCUGGUGCACCAUUUCACACUGGCUGCCAUGGAGGCUCAGGAGCUGGACCUCCUGGAGCCGAUGAGGGGGGAGAACAGCACAUCGGUGACCAAAUUCAUCCUCCUAGGUCUCUCCAGCAACCUGCAGGAGCAGCUCAUCCUCUUUGGGGUCUUCACAGCCAUCUACCUGGUGGCCCUGAUGGGCAACGUGCUCCUCUUACCGUUGAUCAGUCUGGACUCCAGGCUCCACACACGCAUGUAUUUCCUCCUGGGCAACCUUUCAGUGGUGGACAUUGGCUACACCAGCUCCACCAUGCCCAAGAUGUUGGCCAAUUACCUGUCACAGGACAAGUCCAUCUCAUGGGCUUUCUGCCUCUCUCAGAUGUUCUUCUUCAUCUCCUUCGGGGGGAUCGAGUGCCUGCUGCUGGGGGUCAUGGCCUAUGACCGCUACAUUGUCAUCUGUCAUCCUCUGCACUACGGCACGUUCAUGCUGGGG